AUGUCGCUGUGUCGCCUGCCCAGCGGGCCGGCCGAUGACCGCUGGGCCACGUCGCUGUACCCGGAGGGCUCGCGCGGCCGCCAGAGUCAGGCGCGUCGCUCGCGGAGGCCGCCGGUCGAUCCGCGCGCCACCUCCGUGCUGCUUUUCCCGGGCCAGGGCGCGCAGCGGGUCGGCAUGGCCGACGCACUGCUGCCGUUCCCGCACGUGGCCGACAUGUUCGAAGAGGCGAGCGCACUGCUCGGCUACGACCUGCUGGCGCUGUGCCGCGACGGGCCGGCGCGCGAGCUGGACCGCACGGACCGGGCGCAACCGGCGCUGCUCGUCACCUCCCUGGCCGCCGUCGAGCGCCUGCGCGAGGAGCGGCCGCGCGUCGUCGAGUCGUGCAUGGCGGCGGCCGGCUUCAGCGUGGGUGAGCUGGCGGCGCUGGCGUUCGCCGGCGCGCUCUCGUUCCGUGACGCGGUGCGGCUGGCGCGCGUGCGCGGCGAGGCCAUGCAGUUGGCAGCCGAGCUGGCGCCCUCGGGAAUGAUGACGGUGAUAGGCCGGCCGGAGGCGCGCGUAGGGUUCGCGUGCGCGCUGGCGCGCCGCUGGUGCGAGGAGCACGGCGUGGAGGGCGCCGACUGUCGCGUCUCCGCCUUCCUCUUCCCGCAGUGCAAGGUGGUGGCCGGCAGCGCCGAGGCGUUGGAGUUCAUCGAGCAGCGCGCGGCCGAGUUCGGGCUGCGCCGGUGCACGCGGCUGCGCGUGGCCGGCGCGUUCCACUCGGAGCUCAUGCGGCCGGCGGUAGAGCCGCUGCGCGCCGCGCUCCGGCGCACGAAGAUCACUGCGCCCCGCGUGCCCGUGUACAGUAACGUGGACGCGCGGCGCUACCGCUCCGCGGAACAGGUGCGCCGCCAGCUGGUGCUUCAGCUGACGCGGCCCGUCAAGUGGGAGCAGACGAUGCACGUGCUGUACGAGCGGUCGCCGGACGUGCCGUUCCCCAUGACGUUCGAGUGCGGCCCGGGCAGCUCGCUCAAGACGAUCCUGGGCAAGGUGAACGCGAAGGCGGCGGACUCGUGCGAGAGUGUGCCGACGUAGUUGCGGUCGCCGUCGCAAGAGGCGCUGGCGGCGCGACGGCGGGUCGGAAGAGCGUGUGACGGCGCGUUGGUGCUGCAGAUGUGGCCGCUAUGUUAGAGCGGUGCGUGCUGGACGGAGUGAAGUGGUUUGAUCGCCGUGGUUUUGAUCGUGAAGUGGUCGCCAGUCCAGUUCACAUGUCGUGCUGGUCUAACACCGAUGUAUGAAGAGAUUCGCUCGUUCCCAAAUGAAGAUUGCACAUAAAUACGGCAACUAGCUUUUGGGUGUUUUCCUUGUUAGUUGGAAGGAACUGCGUUCUCAGCAGCAUGCGUGUUGUCUUAUCCCCAGCGUAUGUAUGUUGUUUGGUCAUGACAGAGUGUCAGGGACGAGCUCGCUCCGGGCUGAUGGUAUCUGAGUGAAGCGCUGAGAGGUGGUGGGGGUAAGUGAUGUCGCACGUGACGUUUGGGGCAUGAUGUACCGAAGCGUACACAAGUUGAAUCUAAAUGCAAAUCCAUGCUCCCCAUGGAUUUUUUCUCACUGAACUGCACACGCAU